GUUCAGCAAACCUUCCCUCCUCGGUCUAUGAUGUUCUCGUUGUCGUUGUCUGCUCGCGCUGCCCUGCGCGCGUCGUCGCGCUCCUUCUCCACGUCUUCCGCACGUGCCGCUGAUAUGGCGAAACUUUGUCUAAUUGGCCGUCUCGGAAAGGAGCCAGAGCUGCGGUAUACCAAGUCCAACAAGGAAUACGUCUCAUACGUGGUUGCGACGCAGAACCCCCCCAUAGCUGACGCGGAGCCGACAACGACGUGGCACUACGUCCUUUCCUUCCUCCCCAACGCCAACAACUAUCUCCGCUCGCUCAAAAAGGGCUCUCUUGUCUACGUAGAGGCCAACUACGAGCUCCGACAGCCUGACCCCAACGCCGACCCUAACACCCCCGAGGGUCAGCGCCAAAUCUUCCUGAGACAUGAAAACAUCCGUGUUCUCCGCCAACCCCACGGGAGCAGGGAGGAUGCUGACGCGGAGUAAUUUUGCCUGUGCAGACCGUGACGUCGUUCUCUACACCCUACCGCCUGCCCCCUACUCACGAUAGCUUUCAACUUGUGUAUUCAUACGUUAGCCAUUUCUUGCGACAACUUAA